AUGUUUAAAAAAUGGGUAAGACGUGGAAAUAAGGACAACGAUGAAAAAGAACCAGAAUAUGUUUCCAUCUUUAGUUUUAUAACCUUUCACUGGGUGACAAAAUUGCUAAAUAAUCUUAUAAAAGAUGAAAUUAAGUUUCCUACAUUACGAAAAAACAACAAUGUGACACACUAUUCAUCUGAAUUGGAACAAAAUUUAAGAAAAAUUUAUGUAAGAAAAUGUAGUUCUAAACAUUUUUAUGAAAAAAGUGAUUUUGUGGUAGGACAUUGCCAUGACUCAAAAAACAUAAGAGUAAAGAAGGAAUAUAAUGUAUAUUAUAACAAUAUUGUGUGGACAAUUUUUAAAACGUUUAAAUUUCGCAUAAUUUCAAUAAUUAUCUUUAACGUUUUGCAAAACUUAUUUAUAAUUGCUGUUGGAGGAUCUAUAGACAAGUAUAUGCUCAUUUUAAAAGGUGAAACUAUUCCAUCUUUCCCCGUUUUUUUGAAUAACUCGAAAGUAAUAUUUGGAUUGUACAUCGUUGGGUUAUUGCUUUUUGAAUUUCUUUUUGAUUCUAUUUUGAAUUUUUAUUAUUAUGAAUUUCUAGAAAUAUCACUAAUACAUUUCCUUUACAAAAUUAACCUGUAUAGUCGUAAUAACGAUUUAACGAAUCAUUCUGUAUAUAGAAAUAGAGAAGAAUCUUUGAAUACGGUAUUAGUACUUUUUGUUGGUGCUAUCAUUAGUCUGUCUAAUAUAUUUGUCAAAUUUUAUUUAUCUUUUUAUGUAUUUUACUUGAGGAUGGGUUCUAAGGCUGUAAAAACAGGAGUAUCACUGUCUGUUGUAUUGUACAGUACAAUGAUUUUAUUUUCAUUUUUGCCAAGUCUCUUUAAAAGUAAGUAUUUAAAAUAUAGGGAUCAAAGAAUAGAUAAUACACAUCAUGUGUUGAAAGAAUUUAAAUUAAUGAAAAUGUUCAAUUGGGAAUCAUUUGCUUUUAAUUAUAUAAAUUUUGUUCGAAAAAAGGAAAUGAUGUUUUGCAAAGUACGACUUUACUUGGGCACUGUGGGCAUUUUUAUAAAUGCCGUGUCAGCUGACAUAGUUGAAGUGUUGUUAUUUUUCUUGUUUAUAAGAGAGAAAUUAGACAAUCGAAAGGAAGUUAAUUUUAGUUCAAUUAUUAUGCCGUUAUUUGUCUAUAAAUCUUUAAUUUCAAGUGUAUCUAACUUUCCUAAUUUAAUGAAUAACAUAAUAGAAGGCAUAGUGAAUAUUGAAUAAAUGAAUAACUAUUUUAACGCAUCAAAUGUUCGAGAACGUUUCGAAAAUGAAGAAGAACUUUGUUCAAGAUACAGAAUAUAUUUCAUCCAGUUAAAAAAUAGGUUCAAAAAAUGUUGUAGGUUUUCCUGUUUUUAUAAAAAAGUGAAACACAUAAAUAUUAUAAAUCGAAAAAUACUAUCUGGUGUAAAUUACAGUACAGAUAAGGAUAUAAGGAAAGUGUGUUUCCAGACAACAGUUAAUUGCUCCAAUGACGGUAGUAGUAGUGCCAUACACGCGAAAAAAGGAGAGAAAAAUAAUAACAAGGGUGAUAAUGUAACAGAGGAGCAAAGCAAUUUGAUAAUAAAAUUAGAAAAUGCUUUUUUUGGCACAAAAAGGCAUGAUCGGAAGUAUGAGAAGUACAUUUUGAAGAACCUAAAUUUUAGCUUAGAAAAUAAUACCUUAGCAAUAGUUAUUGGAAAUGUUGGAUCAGGAGACAUUCAGUUGAUCCACGGUUGUUUAUAUGUUAAAAAUGUGUUGUAUAAUAUGCCAAUUUUGUACGUUCCCCAGAACAGUUGGUUGUCCAUAGGAAAUAUAAGGUCCAUGAUUUUAUUUGGAAAUGAAUACAAUUCAUGGAUUUACCGCUACACUGUUAAACAGAGUGAGUUGUUAAAUGAUAUAAGUUCCUUUAAAAAUGGUGAUAUGCGGUACGUUAACGAUGAUCAUAAUUUAAGUAAAGGGCAGAAGGUUAGAAUUUCCUUGGCGAGAGCUUUAUAUCAUCACUACAUGCAUCUGCAUAAAUUGAGCUCUAACGGUGAGAAAAAAAUGCGUGUAGAUAACAGUAUUACCAACAAAAACAAUCGAACUGAUUUUUCAAAUGAUAACGAAGUCAAAAGAAGUGCAAUAUGCCAGGGUCUUUUUCCCUUCGAUGAGGACCAUGUUCAAAAAUGCCUAAGGGGGAAAAGCGAUUUUUCCUUGUAUUUAUUGGACGAUCUUUUCACAUCUCUAGACCCAGCGAUAUCUAAAAAUAUAUUUUAUAAUUUAUUUUGCAAAGAGGAAAAUAAAAGCUUCAAAGACUAUUGCAGUUUUAUUGUGUCUAUGAAUGAAAGCACUCUUCGCAACUUUUUUAUUAAUGACCUUUUUGAAAAUAUCCAGUACAAAGUAGAUAUUUACGAGUUAGAGAAUUACACUUUAAAAUAUGCAGGAAGUGUGUCAGAUUAUGUUAAAAGCAAAAAUAUAAAAAAAGACGGCGCCGUCAGUAGAACCGAGUUAAGCAUGGACAGCACAAAAUUGGAGUUGGGGGGUGAAGCAGAAGGACAUAACGAAAAACAUGGUGAAGAAGGUGAAGAAGAUGAAGAAGAACCCCAGAAAUGUGGAAGCCAAGUAAAUGGGGCAAACGAGGGUGGUUGCUUCAAAAGAAAUAACACCCGUUCGGCGGAAUCUGACGAAGGUCCUACCGCAGGGAGUAAAUCGUUUUUGGAAAAUGAUUAUAUCAUUAACACGGUUAAAAACAUGAAUGAUUGUGCUGACCAAAUGACACAAGAACGAACUUGCACAACAGGAGUGGACAACCAAAGGAACGCAAUUUUGUCUCAAACCUUGCAGCAUAGAAGCAGCUGCGCAAAUGUUUAUCCUGCUAAGGAUGAUGAAGAUGAAUCGUUUUUCAAAGGAAACAUAGAAUUAACAACAUACUGGUGGUUUUUGAGCAAAGUUGGAGGCGUUUUAAUACUGUACAUAAUGAUUUUCAUGUUUAUAUCUAUCUUUACAGAUGAAAUAAAAUUUUUCAUUUUAAGCAUGAUUAGUAUAAUUUCACGAAAUGACAAAGAGCAUUCGAAUGAAAUUCUGCAACAGCAAGUUAAGUAUUUAAAAUUAUUUGUGAUAUUGCCAAUAAUAUCGUUAAUAGCAUCUUUUUUUUGUUUCAUGUUUAUCAUAUAUGGCACGGUAAUUUCAGCAGCGAAAGUGCACACAGAUGUGCUGAAGAGCAUUUUGAGCGUGCCCAUGUAUGUCUACUACAACAGCAAUUUGGGUAACAUCAUAAAUAGGUUUGUUACGGAUAUUUAUUCGUUAGACAAUGGAUUUUUAAAGAGAUUUUAUAAAUUCAUUUUCCUCUUUUUUCGACUUCUUUUGUCAGUCAUUUUGUUAUUUUGUAUGAUGAAAGAUGCUGUUAUUGUUUUUCCUUUCAUUGUUUUGUUAAUCUAUUUUUUGGUUUUAAAAAAUAUUCCAGAGGGUGUAAAGAGGCUCAAAGAGGGUACCUAAAUGGGAAAUUUGUACCAAGGGAAAAAUUACGAGAAAAUUAUAAGCACAAUUGGGUAUUGUAUUACUUUUUCCUCAAGACUUGGGGUGCUCACAAAAAUUCUUUUGUGUGAUUAUGCCUUUGUGGAGAAAGAGAUGUGUUGUGUGCAGAGGCUAGAGGAGUUCUCAAAAUUACCGCAAGAAAAAGAUUGCUUAGAGGGAGAAAGGGGAGAAGAUACGCCGAAAUGGGACGAAAUGAAGAUGAAAAGUAAAUUUGACAAUUCGGGAGAAAGUACGUCCCCUUUGCCUAUCGGUAUUGUAGACCCACCAGCCGCCAUAGACCAAUCGAAAGAAAAAUAUGGUGUUUAUCUCGAGAACGUAUUCGUCAGUUACAAGAAAAAAGUUGUUCUAGAUAAAAAUAGCAAUAAAUAUUGUUAUGAAGAUGAAGAUCCAUCCUUAAAAAAUGUCACUAUUUACGCUUUGAAAAAUCAAAAAAUCGGCAUCGUAGGAAAGUCAGGUUCAGGGAAAAGCACAAUUAUUUUGUCCAUUCUAGGUCUCAUUCCUACUGUUAGUGGAAAAAUAACAGUAGAAGGAAGAGAUAUUGGAACUAUCUCAAGGAGGGAGAAAAAUGACAUUAUCACCGUUUUGCCACAAUCCUCUUUCGUUUUUCACAACUGGAACGUCAGAACGUUUAUCGACCCGUAUAGAAAUUUUACAGAUGAAGAAAUCGUUAACGCUUUCGAUUUGAUUGGCAUAAAAUUGAACAUGAAUGAUUUGCACAAGUACAUAUAUCAACAAAAGAAAAAUGCACAUGAUGAGAGGGAGAAAAAAAAAAGGAACAAAUAUAAGUUGAUAUUAAUUGAUGAAAUUCCCAUUUUUAAUUUUAAUAAUGUGGACUCGAAUUUGAAUAACUUUUUGAUUGGCAAUGCAAAACCCUUUAAUUAUAUUAUAAAAAAUUACUUCCCCGAUAACACGAUUUUAAUCAUUUCUCAUGACACCCACGCACUAUCUUGUUGUGACUUUAUUUAUGUGUUAAGAAGGGGGGAAGUGACACACCGUUGCAGUUGUAAAGAUGUAAAGACACAGUCCGAAUUGGCACAGUUACUCGAAAAGGACGGCUAA